AGGUUUCUUUGUGCAUACGAGAACCAGCGUGACUACAGCAGAGCUGCCUCUGUCUCCUGCCACUGUCCCGUCAAAAUCAGAUUUUACAUUUGAACAUAAAAAAGUUUUUCAGUGGAUUUGCAACUUAAAGUCUGUGUCAAAUCUGAGGUUAAGGCGUCUACUGUGGCAGAAAAUGCAAACAUCUGCGAAAAACAAAGUGAAGAGAGGUGCCAUGCGCUACAGCGACUGGAUGUCGGAACUGCCACCUGCGCUUCACGACAUUCCUCUGUUUAAUCUGGCCAUACCAGGCAGCCAUGACUCAAUGAGCUAUGAUCUGGACAUCAGCUCCCCCAUUGCUGAGCCUAAAAGGCUUAAGAAGUUCAGCAGGUUUUACUGCGUCCGUAGAUUAAUGCUCAAGUGGGGAGCCACUCAGGAAGAGACCAUCAUAAAGCAACUAGAUGCAGGAGUUCGGUACUUUGACCUGAGGGUUGCUCGCAAGCCUGACGACGCCAACCCCACCAGGCUUUACUUUUAUCAUGGGCUGUACACACGGACUGAUGUGGAGAGUAUUCUGAAGGUCAUUAAUGACUGGGCAGAGAGACACCCCAAAGAGGUCAUCAUCCUGGCUUUAUCCCACUUCCAUGGCUUCGACAAACGGACUGAAGAACUCCACAACCAUCUUGUGAACUUCAUUAAGAAUUUGUUUGGGACCAAAGUCGUCCAACGCGAGGUCACACCUACCCUGAGGAGCUGCUGGGACCAACGCACAAACGUUAUCGUUUCCUAUGAUUAUCCAGCAAAAUAUCAUUCUCAUUUGUGGAGUAAAAUAUCUUAUUUCUACGGGGACAGUAUGGAUCGUACAAAAAUUGAAUCUGAACUGAGUCAAGUUUUGAAAAACAGACCAUCACACUGUUUCUUUGUUUGUGGCCUCAACCUGACACUGCCAGAAAAUAUCAGGAUAUUGAAGUACAUCCUUCGCAUGUGUGACAACUUUGCCAACGUUGUGCGGAGAAGCCUCCCGAAACUGCUGCCGUGGCUGAAACAGCAGGCCAGCAAGAAACCCAACAUCGUCGCCUCAGACCUGGCAACCCAUGAAGGCUUUAUAUCAACAGUCAUCCAGCUCAAUGCUAUAAAAUGAGACAAUGCCAGCCAGCCAUCCAUGAUUUAAUACAUUACUGUUUUUUGUUUUAUUUAUCAAAACUGAUUCACACACUAGGUGUGUAGUGUUCACUUCCCCUUGGAGCGCCACCAUGUGUCCGUUUGGGGCAUUACAAUAAAGUUUUCUCCCAUCAUGCCUGGA